UAUAAAGCAACUAUAACUAUAGGCACGCAGCUCCCCCUUCAAUACUGUCGGGCGAGAGAGAGAGAGAUAGACCGCCAGUUUGAGAGAGAGAGAGAGAGAGAGAGAGAGAGAGCAAAAGCUUAGCGAAACAAACCCUAGAGGUUCUCUCUCUUCAACUUGUUCGGGAAAGAUCUUCAGCUUUUCUUUCUCUUCCAGGAUCAGGGUUUUGUUAUCCUACAAACUCCUUCAGAAAUGCACAAGUUGGGCAGAGGCCACCGCGACAAAAUUCAGCAGUUUGUGACAAUAACAGGAGCAAGUGAAAAGGUUGCUCUUCAGGCUUUAAAGGCUAGUGAUUGGAAUCUUGAAGGUGCAUUUGAUGUAUUUUACAGCCAGCCCCAAAUUAGAACUUACACUGAUACUAGGCAUUUGGAGGAGCUUUAUAAGAGAUAUAAAGAUCCAUAUUCUGAUAUGAUACUGGCUGAUGGGAUCACUCUCCUUUGCAAUGACCUACAGGUGGAUCCUCAAGAUAUAGUCAUGCUAGUUGUUUCGUGGCACAUGAAGGCUGCCACAAUGUGUGAGUUCUCUAAGCAGGAGUUCAUUGGUGGAUUACAGGCAUUAGGGAUAGAUUCUCUGGAAAAGUUCCGUGAAAGGAUACCAUUCAUGCGCUCUGAGCUGAAAGAUGAACCAGAAAAGUUCCGUGAAAUAUAUAACUUUGCUUUUGGCUGGGCAAAGGAGAAGGGCCAAAAGUCUUUGGCAUUGGAUACAGCAAUUGGCAUGUGGCAAUUGCUUUUUGCUGAAAGGCAGUGGCUAUUGGUUGAUCACUGGUGCCAGUUCCUACAGGCCCGGCAUAAUAAAGCAAUCUCUAGGGACACAUGGUCUCAACUGUUGGAGUUUGCGAGGACGGUUGACUCUGCGUUGUCAAAUUAUGAUGCGGAAGGUGCAUGGCCGUAUCUUAUUGAUGAAUUCGCCGAAUACUUGAAUGAGAACAGCCUGGUUCAGAAGGAUCAGUUGGGUGAUUGGAGCCUACAACGAUGAUUGAGAGAAUGUUGCUUCGAUAAUUUAGUGAAUGCUUUGUGAAUUAUUGUUCUCCUUGAAACGAGGAAAGGUGUCUCACAGAGAAAAGAAAUUUGAUUUGGUUUUCUAAAGAUGACUGGUGCUGGAUUUAAUUUCUUCCAUGAGAUGGUUGAUAUGGUAUAUGCAUUUUGUCAUUAAAUAAAUUAUGGGAGCAUGUUCUUUUUCCAUUAUUGGUAGUGUUUGUUUAUUUCUACAACGGGUACUGUAUUGGUUUUGUAUCCUUCCACUUACUAAUUGUGUUCUACGUUGAUUUGAUCUUGUGGGUAAGUACUGAUGUUAAAUAUGCAGA